CCGCAAGAAGCGCAGCCUCCCUUACUUGUUCAAGUCCCACUUCAACAAUCUCCUGCAGCAAAUCCUCCCCCGUUACUGGACAAACUACUGUCGCAAACUGGUAGCGAAUCGCAACUGUGUUCUGCACCAGGUACUGGGCAACUCGUCACAGCCACAGUGGUGGCGCCUGCUGGAAAACCUCAGGUAUUGGGGCUAUGUACUCAGAAAUACAAAAGUCAUCUAUAUAGCUGCUCCAUAUUUGGCUUAUACUGGCUACUUUUUUGAAAGUCUUACCAUACUUCAUCAGUCAGAUUAUUUGACAUUUUUCAGCUAG